ACAACUUUAAGGUAUAAUACUUACAAGGCAUAGUGAUAACUAUCGAGUAAUUUAGUAAUUGUGCGAUCAAUUCAGAAUAUUUGAGCCUUGAAUAUUAUGAUUCAUAUUACUCAUAUAAGAACCUGAUGACUCAUAAGCCUUAUUCUUUUAAAUUUUAUGCUCACGUGAAGAUGAUAUAUGCGCUGCGCUGCUUCAUUGAAAUGAAUUUCAAACCCAGCUUAUUUUUAUUUUAGUUAUAGAUCUUAUAAAAUAAUUACUGGACAUAAAUUGUUUUCCAUUUGACUAUUGGGACAUCGGAGAUCCGAUAUACACGUGCAAAUUUUGCGGUGCAAUGUUGUGGUACAAAGAAAGACUAGAGAAAAAGGAAAACUUUAAAAAUCCAAAAUUCUCAUUGUGUUGUAUGCAAGGAAAACUCCAACUACCUUUGCUAAAAGAACCACCACAUCCACUUAGUAGGCUUUUGAAGAAUGAGGACAAAAGAAGUAAGAUUUUUUUUGUAGAAUAUAAGAGCAUAUAACAUGAUGCUUGCAUUUACGUAAAUGGGAGGAAAGAUCGACUUGGCAUUAAACCAAGGGAGAGGAUCUUAUAUUUUUAGAUUACAAGGUCAAAAUUAUCAUAAGAUAGUAAGUUUGUUACCAAAUUCCGGAUCUCCCCCUAAGUUUUCACAACUCUACAUAUUAUGAGGUUGCAAAUAGAAAGCGCACUAUGAGAAACUCAAAGGACUUUAAUUAUGCAAUUAACCAUGACUUGAAGACAAUGCUUGAUCAACACAACCCUAUAGCUCAAUCUUUCAGAAUGGCAAGGGAUCGUUUUAGCUCGUGCCAGUCUAAAAGUGUUUAUCACAUUCACUUGCCAUCCAAAGUGGCCAGAAACCACUAGAUUUAUUCAGAAGAAAGGCCUCAAACCUGAGGAUAGACCCGACAUCGUUUGUAGAGUUUUCAAAAUGAAACUAGAUGGGCUUAUACGUGAUCUCAAAGUGAAUGAGAUGUUUGGGAAAGUUAAUGCAUUGGUCUAUACCGUGGAGUUCCAAAAGCGUGGAUUACCUCAUGCCCAUAUCCUUUUGUUUUUGCAUCCUGAUAACAAGAUUUCUGCGACAUAUGAUAUUGAUAGAGUUAUAUCCGCCGAAAUCCCUGAUACGGCAGAGAGCCUCAAACUCUAUGGAGAUUGUAUGAUGCAUGGUGCUUGUGGUGCUCUGAAUAAAAGUUCCCCAUGCAUGAAAGAGGGAAGGUUCUCUAAACAUUAUCCGAUGGACUUCACCGAAGACACGUGUUUUGAUAAAGAAGGGUACGCCCUUUAUAGAAGAAGGGACAAUGGUAGAUUUAUUGAAAAGAAUGAAAUCAAGCAGAUAACAUAUAUGUUGUUCCAUACAACCGAACUUUGCUCCUAAAAUACCGUGUUCACAUCAAUAUUGAACUUUGCAAUCAACACAAGGCAAUCAAGCACUUAUAUAAAUACGUAAAUAAGGAAAAUGAUUGUGGCACUGUUGCCUUUGAAAAGCCGGAGAGACUUGUGACAACACUGAUGAAAUUAAAUCCUACUAUGAUUGCGGGGAUAUAAUAACAUCUACUUAUGAAAAUGAUAUAUUUCAACAUUGUUUUGUGGAGUUGUUUAAAUGGUUGAUCAUAAAAUUAUAUACACAUAUAUCAGGUAUAUUUCGCCAUGUAAAGCAGUAUGGAGAAUUUUUGGGUUCGACUUGCAUUGUAGAUAUAUUACUUUGGAUUCAUGUCACCAAAGAAAUAUUGUAAAAAGCAAAUAUUACCACAUGAUCUCUUAUACGUAAAAAUAAUUAAUGAAAUUUAUCAUGUCAUAUAUGAUGAAAUAAAUUAAA